GAGAGAGAGAGAGAGAGAGAGAGAGAGAGAGAGAGGCCUUGCCUCAAGGUAGGAAGCCAAGAUGCCAAGCAAGACAGUCCGAGUAUUCGUAGAUGGGGUUUCGAAGCGUUCCUAUGGUGUUGAGUACACUAUUGAUUAGCCAUGAUAGAUACUUGCUUGUACUGUGUUUUCCUACUGUGCUUUUGGUACUGUUGCAUACCUGUGCGACCCUAUCUCAGUUUCAGAGCGAUCCGGAUCCAAGGCCACUUGCAAACAAUACAUGGAAAACUUGCUGUUGUUACGUUGAUGGGAGCAGGGCCGGCCCCUUCGGCGAAUCACAAUCACGUGUUUGCAGCUCGAGGGUGGCCCGGAAAGAGAGGAAAAGAGGAACCAUUGAUAGGAAGGUGGUACCUGCCUGCGUACGCGCCUACCUAGGCAAGCAUAUGAGAAGAGAGGGGGGAAGGUCCAGUUUUCUACCUUUCCUUCCUUCCUUCAUUCACUCUAGUGUUCGUGAGAAGGAGAGGAAGGAAGGUGGUUCUGUGGCUCCUUGCUGACAAAAACGCCCUUUUCCGGCCGCGCCCUAAUGUCAUCUUUGCGCCCUUGGACCCCCGAUUCUCCCCGAAAUGCCCCAUUUGCAGCUGAUAUACAAGGGAAAACCUCUCCCUCCCUCCCU